AUGGAUAUAAAUGAAAAUUUAGAAGCACAACUGAAAAAGGAAGAAGCAAUAGGAAAUUUAAUAAAAUUGGACUUUCCAUUGUAUGUCAAUUCUAUUAAACUUGAUGGAGUAAAAAAAACACGUAGAAAUUUCUUGGAACAAAUCUUUAAUCCUAUACUUAAAGCUAGAACACUUGGUUCAAUUAUUGAUGAAAUUCAAAUAUCCAUUGAUAAAUUGUACCGUCUUGACAUUUUCGAGAAUUUUGAUAUAUUACUUGACACUAGUAACAACCAAUUGACUCAGAUAGAUGUAAUUGAUGUUUUAUUGUCGGUGGAGGAAAAGAAGAGGUUUUUUAUGAAAACUGGCACAGAGAUUGGAAACGAUUCUGGAAGUGCGAAUUUGUCAUUGAAUGUACGUAAUCUUUUCGGUGGUGCAGAAACAUUGGAAGCCUAUAUGGCAACUAGCACUCAAACUUCGCGCAUAUUCCAGUUUUGUUUAGCAACACCAAUUAAUGGAAAUCCAGAUUCCAAAAUUGACAUUUCAGCUUUUAGAAUGACAAAAAGUAAUCAGUUGUACAGUUCUCAUGAUGAAAUCUUAAAAGGUUCUGCAUUAAGAUGGAGAGGAAUAUCAAAAUUAGGAUUUCACGAAUUGAAUUAUGGUCUUAUUUGGAGGCAAAUUUGCAAUAUUAAUAAUGAUGCGACUCUAAGUAUACGUGAAUCUGCAGGUCAUUCAUUAAAAUCAUCCAUAAGUCAUACUUUUAUUUAUGAUAAGCGCGAUGAUAUAAUAUUACCAUCCAGUGGUUAUUACUUCAAAUUAUUUCAGGAAGUUGCUGGAUUUGGAGGAGAUGUAAACUUUAUUAAAAAUGAAAUAGAAAAUCAAAUCAAUUAUCCACUCGGUGAAGGCUUUAUUUUUAGUGCCUCAUUAAGAAAUGGAAUUUUGUAUCCAUUAAAAGACAAAUCAAAUAUUAGUGAUAGAUUUUUCCUUGGGGGUGCUCAAUCUGUAAGAGGAUUUAAAUUAAAUGGCCUUGGUCCAAGGGAAGAUAAAAAGGAUUCUUUAGGUGGUGAUAUUUAUUUAGCAGGUGGGAUUAGUUUAUUCACACCAUUACCAAAAUUAAAGAAAUAUCCUGUUAAAGGUCAUUUAUUUAUAAAUGGAGGUAGUUUAAUAGAAUUUGAUUCUCGUAGAAAUUUCCUUAAUAAUUUCAAAAAUCUGACAAAAACACCUAGUAUAUCUGCCGGCAUAGGUAUUGCAUACAAAAGUAGCAUUUUAAGAUUUGAAAUAAAUUUUUGUUUGCCAUUAAUUGCAACAGCCUCUGAUAAAUUAAAAAGAUUCCAGCUAGGUUUAGGAAUAAAUUUCUGGUGA